UCCAGGGUGCAUGGCCAUGUCGUCCGGGCUGCAAUGGUAUCCUUGGAGUAACCGCUGAAAAUCUGCAGGUGCCGGGCGUGCAAGGAAGCUUGAGGCUGCUGAGGAGGGAGGGGCAGAGCUGGAGCUGGCCUCUGGGCUGGCAGGGGUGAGGGGUGACCUCCGUGCCUUCUUCUCCUGGAAUUAGCUGGGCAUGGAGUCGAGUCCCCGAGUUUGCUAGUGUGCUACGCUUCUGUGAGGCUUGGGGCACAUUGGGCCCCUCUCUGGGCUCCAGGUUAUGGGUGCAGGCUGCAUGGUUUCUGAAAUCCCUUCUUUAACUUGCUGGCAAGUGACACUCAGCACCUGAGCAAGCCCUGGACAGAGGCCGUGGAGGAUCUGUUCUUCCUUCUUCCCUUCCACAGGGCAGGGUCGGCGCCGAGGAGGGGGUGGCGAGGGCUGAGGGCCCAGAGGCUGGACAGUCUUUCCACUGGACUUGAUUUGACCCCUGGCAGGUGUUUUGAGCCAGGGGUGCUGGCUGUUGGGAGGGAGGUCAGCCAUGAGGCCCUGGACUGCUGACAUUCAGGCACAAACUGCACCUCCUCCCACUCCGCCCCUCCCCCAGUUCCAUCUUCUCUCCAGGGGGUGGGGAGGCAGCAUAAGUACCUGGGUUCUGCCUCACCUGAGUGCUGGCUGUUGCUGGGUGCUGACUGUGGAGGCUGCAGGUUCCCCUGGGACCUGGCCAAGCUUAUCCCCAGGCACUGACCCUCAGCAGUCAGUGGCAUCCUCCUACAAGGCCAGCACAGGCUGAGCAGGUCAAAAUCCCAAGGUGCUCCAGCCACGGUGCUGGACUGAACCCUUUGAACCGCAGCCUUUCCCCACACCUGGGCCCCCAGCCUCUCAGCAGAGGCCGGCUGUCUCCAUGGCCUUUCUCCAGGGGUUUGAGGACUCGGAGGCAAAGUCUGGCAUGCUUCCCUGCACGCCCUCGGAUCAAGGGUGGCACAGGCUUAGCACGCUCAGCACCGCUGGGUGUCUUGCCUGCCACAGGCAUUGCUAAUCAUUCAUCAAGCUCCGUGUUAAGCCUAGACUGGGGUGGGGGUUCAUCCUUCCCCAGGGUCUGCCAGUUAGUUCCAGAUACCUUUGAGGCCUGGGCACUGACUGGGCCCUCAGGGCUCUCCCCGAAGCAUACCCUGGUCACCUGGAAGAGAAACGGAGCUGGCCUGGUGGUGACGGUGGCCUUGCUUCCUAGGAUGGACGGCAGACAGCAAUGUCCCUGCUGGGCCUGGUCCCUGCUGGUUCUGGUGGUUGUGGCUAGGGACGCAAAAUCAAGUGGGGCCAUGGACAACAGCCCGACGUCCAAUAGCCUGGAGGGGGACGCCGACGCCACAGCCUUCUGGUGGGGGGAGUGGACAAAGUGGACGGCGUGCUCCCGCAGCUGCGGGGGCGGGGUGACAUCCCAGGAGCGGCACUGCCUGCAGCAGAGGAGGAAGUCCAUCCCGGGCCCUGGGAACAGGACCUGCAUGGGCACGUCCAAGCGGUACCAGCUCUGCAGAGUGCAGGAGUGUCCGCCGGACGGGAGGAGCUUCCGCGAGGAGCAGUGCGUCUCCUUCAACUCCCACGUGUACAACGGGCGGACGCACCAGUGGAAGCCUCUAUACCCGGAUGACUAUGUCCACAUCUCCAGCAAGCCAUGUGACCUGCACUGCACCACCGUGGACGGCCAGCGGCAGCUCAUGGUCCCCGCCCGCGACGGCACCUCCUGCAAGCUCAGCGACCUGCGAGGGGUUUGCGUGUCUGGAAAAUCCCAUCGGCUGUGACGGGGUGCUUUUCUCCACCCACACGCUGGACAAGUGUGGGGUCUGCCAGGGUGACGGUAGCAGCUGCACCCACGUGACGGGCAACUAUCGCAAGGGCAACGCCCACCUCGGUUACUCUCUGGUGACCCACAUCCCAGCUGGCGCCCGAGACAUCCAGAUUGUAGAGAGGAAGAAGUCUGCGGAUGUGCUAGCUCUUGCAGACGAAGCUGGCUAUUACUUCUUCAAUGGCAACUACAAGGUGGACAGCCCUAAGAACUUCAACAUCGCUGGCACGGUGGUCAAGUACCGGCGGCCCAUGGAUGUCUACGAGACCGGGAUUGAGUACAUCGUGGCGCAGGGGCCCACCAACCAGGGCCUGAAUGUCAUGGUGUGGAACCAGAACGGCAAAAGCCCGUCUAUCACCUUCGAGUACACGCUGCUUCAGCCUCCGCACGAGCACCGCCCGCAGCCUGUCUACUAUGGCUUCUCCGAGCCCGCCUCCGAGAGCUCUGAGAGCCAGGGCCUGGACGGGGCCAGGCUCAUGGGCUUCGUCCCGCACAACAGCUCCCUGUAUGGCCUGGCCUCCUCCGAGCAGCUGGGCCUGGACAACCGGCUGUUCGGCCACCCUGGCCUGGAGAUGGAGCUGGGCCCGAGCCGGGGCCAGGAGACCAACGAGGUGUGCCAACAGGCCGGCGGCAGGGCCUGCGAGGGGCCCCCCAGGGGCAAGGGCUUCCGAGACCGCAACGCCACGGGGACAACUCUCACCGGGGACAAGGAUGAGCAAGAGGUCGACACCCACUUCGUCUCCCAGAAGUUCUUCUCGGCGAACGCCAUCUCUGACCAGCUGCUGGGCGCAAGCGCUGACUCGAAGGACUUCACCCUCAACGACACCGUGAACAGCAUCUUUGCUCAGGGCACCUCGCGGAGCUCCCUGGCCGAGAGCUUCUUCGUGGAUUAUGAGGAGAAUGAGGGGGCUGGCACUUACCUGCUCAACGGGUCCUACCUGGAGCUGAGCAGCGACAGGAUUGCUAACAGCUCUUCCGAGGCCCCGUUCCCCAACGUCAGCAGCAGCUUGCCCACCUGGGCAGGGAACAGGACUCACAAGGCCAGGACCAGGCCCAAGACGCGCAAGCAAGGCGUGAGUCCCGCAGACAUGUACCGGUGGAAGCUCUCGUCCCACGAACCCUGCAGUGCCACCUGCACCACAGGGGUCAUGUCCACGUACGCCAUGUGUGUCCGCUACGAUGGCGUCGAGGUGGACGACAGCUACUGCGACGCUCUCACCCGUCCUGAGCCUGUCCACGAGUUCUGCGCUGGGAGGGAGUGCCAGCCCAGGUGGGAGACGAGCAGCUGGAGUGAGUGUUCCCGCACGUGUGGAGAGGGCUACCAGUUCCGCGUCGUGCGCUGCUGGAAGAUGCUCUCGCCCGGCUUCGACAGCUCCGUGUACAGCGACCUGUGCGAGGCAGCCGAGGCCGUGCGGCCCGAGGAACGCAAGACCUGCCGGAACCCCGCCUGCGGGCCCCAGUGGGAGAUGUCAGAGUGGUCGGAGUGCACUGCCAAGUGUGGGGAGCGCAGUGUGGUGACCAGGGACAUCCGCUGCUCGGAGGAUGAGAAGCUGUGUGACCCCAACACCAGGCCUGUUGGGGAGAAGAACUGCACGGGCCCCCCCUGUGAUCGGCAGUGGACCGUCUCCGACUGGGGACCGUGCAGUGGAAGCUGUGGGCAAGGCCGCACCAUCAGGCACGUGUACUGUAAGACCAGUGAUGGACGGGUGGUGCCCGAGUCCCAGUGCCAGAUGGAGACCAAGCCUCUGGCCAUCCACCCCUGUGGGGACAAAAACUGUCCUGCCCACUGGCUGGCCCAGGACUGGGAGCGGUGCAACACCACCUGCGGGCGCGGAGUCAAGAAGCGGCUGGUGCUCUGCAUGGAGCUGGCCAACGGGAAGCCGCAGACACGCAGCAGCCCCGAGUGCGGGCUCGCCAAGAAGCCUCCGGAGGAGAGCACGUGCUUCGAAAGGCCCUGCUUCAAGUGGUACACCAGCCCGUGGUCCGAGUGCACCAAGACCUGCGGGGUGGGCGUGAGGAUGCGAGACGUCAAGUGCUACCAGGGGACUGACAUCGUCCGCGGCUGCGACCCGCUGGUGAAGCCCGUUGGCAGACAGGCCUGUGAUCUGCAGCCCUGCCCCACGGAGCCCCCAGAUGACAGCUGUCAGGACCAGCCGGGCACCAACUGUGCCCUGGCCAUCAAGGUGAACCUCUGUGGGCACUGGUACUACAGCAAGGCGUGCUGCCGCUCCUGCAGGCCCCCCCACUCCUAGGUGCGGCAGCUGCAGCCCCUUCCAGACAAAGACCAAGCUGCUGCAGCUUCUGGGGUCCUCCACAGACACCCCUCCUGCAGGGCACGCCGGCCUGAGGGACGUGGCACUGAGCCUCGGCUGUCAAGAGGGGACUUCCCAUGGCCCAUGGACUUUUGUGCUCCUGGGGCAGAGAAAUGGGCAGUGUCCUCCAGCACCCACUGGCCUCCCCCAAAACAGAGCCACCCCUACCGUGGGAGCCCAUCCGUGUUCCUGCGUGGAUCCUGUGUUCGUGGCCUCCCUCCCCGGCCCCCAGCAGCCCCCAGCUGAGGGGCCCAGGGCCCACAGCCAAGUGGUGGAGGUGUCUUACCCCUAGCCUGAAGCCCAUGCCCUCUCUGGGUGACAGGGCCUUCUGAAGAAGACUGGCAGGCAAGCCCAACGUGGGGGGCCUCCAUCCCUUGGAGGCCAGGGGGUGAGGCGGGGCGCAGGCAGCAAGGAGGCCCAGGUGUAUCCCCUCCUAUGGAGCCCCUCCCAUGGAGCUCUCCUCCUGCUGCACUUUCUACCCUGGGCAGAGGCGCUUGCCCACGGGGCGUUUGGGAUGGACCUCGGGCCCCGCCCCUGCAGUCGGGUCAGUGCUCAUCUAUGUUAAUAAAGUGGUCCUAUUUAUGGCGGCA